UGUUUUGCUUUUACCUGGCUUUUAACCGUAACCAGGGUACUCAAGAUUGCGGAUAAUGUGACUGUUGAACAUGGCCCCAUAUCCAGAAGAAAUUGAUGUCUUUUCUGCUCCUCAUUCGAGGAUGAAACAAUUAGUAGAUGUUUAUUCGGAAAAGUUAACUUGUACGGAUUUUUCGGAUUAUGUUGCUUUGGAGUCUUUACUGCAUGAUCUUCAUCAUACUUUCUGCGAGUUCAAGUCUCAUGAACAGAUUGAAAACAAGUACAUCAUGAGGAAACUGAAAAAGCGUUUAAAAUCUUUAUCUAUCCAUGAUGCUGCUGUGUGUAAUUGCCAUUCUGAUAACAAAUUAUCAGACAUGCUUGCCCUUGUGGAAGAUGGAUAUUCUUGUACUUCUAAGCCAGAAGCUGACCGCAUUAAUUUUGGAAUUAAGUUACAAAAUGCUCUCCAAGAAUUUACUGGAUCUUUUCUUCCUCAUAUGAAGGAAGAAGAGGAGGUAUUCCAGCCUAUGUUGAUGAAGUAUUUUGAAUAUGAAGAAUUGAAGUGUUUGAAAGAGCAGGUCAUUGAAGAACACAGCAAAUGGCAUGUCUAUGAUACAGAAAAGCAUUUUUUGGAAGAAGCAGAAGCUGAUUUAAAAAUUGAUGCAGGUACUAGUGACUUGAAGGACAGUAUCUCCUGCUUACCUCCUGAAAUUUUGUCUCAUAUUUUGUCUUUCCUAUCGCCUCAAGAUCGUCUGCGUUGCUCAGGUGUUUGUCAUUUAUGGUAUGAUAUCGCACAUGGACCGUCUUUGUGGAAAGAAAUUUAUCCUUGUUUCUGGGGUCAUGGUAUCUGGGAAAAUUAUGAUGAUAACCAUGAAGAUCGCAUUGAAAAAUUUUAUUCAGACUCUAUUGGUAGUGCUCGUCGGUAUAGGGAUGAAGAUGCUGAUAUAGAUGAAUACGAAGAGGCUGAAUAUUUCUCAUCUGAAGAUGACUAUUCUGAGCAUUAUAUUGAAAAAUAUCAGAAAGAGAUUAAGUCUUUGGAUUCAAUCAUAAAAUAUCUUUUACCUUUGGUAGGAACCGGUGUUCAAAAAAUUGUCCUUUCAUCAUGUAGGAGCCUAACAAGUAAACAAUUGCGUUCAAUUCUAAUUCAGUGUCCAAAUGUGGCAUAUUUAGAUAUUUCAUACACAACAAUUUUGGAUUCUGCUUUCAAAGGGUUAAAAGAAUAUUCUUGCUGCUUGUACUUGCAGCAUUUAGAUAUGUCUGGAUGCAAGGCAGUGACUAAUUUAGGUCUGUUCAGGCUAGCUGAUUGCAUGGCUAUGUUGCCACCUCAUGUACCCAAUGCAUCUCACAAUCUUCGAGAUGUGUACCUUGAAGACUGUCAAAGGUAUCAAAAUCGUUUUCUGCCAUGUGAAAAUCCCAAUGACUGUUUUUGUGAAAUAGAGGAGAGUGGUCUUUGGCUGCAAAGAUCCAGUCCAUGUUAUCAGUGUAGAGCAAAUGAAUUUUGCACUUCUGUAUGCUUCUGGCAAAAAAAUGGGGUGAUGUGCCAUUUAGCAAAAUUAUCUUUGCAGUGUCCUUUCAUGAACUGUAGUGAACAAUUUCAAAUGCAGUCGGGACCUGCUUUAUAUUCUUCUGGUGCUAGCAGUAUCUUAAAGACGACAGGGACUUUAGUAAACGAUUCAUCGUCUAAUGAAUUACCCCAUGCUAGUUGUGAUGCCAGAUCCCUAAAGUAUCUUAAUCUUUCUGGUUGUAAAAAAAUCACUGAUGAAGGAUUGAGGUGCCUUUUGGAGGCCGGUAUACUGAGUGCAUUAGAAGUGUUAGAUGUGUCAGGAUGUUCACAGUUGACUGGUCCUGGGUUACGUUUUGUCACAGACUCAUUAAAAUCUUUACAGCCUGAAAAUAUUUUUUAUUGCGAUCAAAUUUUGGAUGGACCUUAUCCUGAAACUGCAAAUGGUUGCCAAAAUUUGGAAAGCAGGUUUAGAGCUUGCUGCUGCCGAAUGUUGUCGUGAACAGUGUUAGUAUUUUUUCAUGUAUGUAAAUAUAAUACCCUGUAACUGCUUAUUUGUAAAGAUACCAUUAAAUUCGUAUUCCUCAUUAUAGAUUAUAAUUAAAAUUACCUCUCUAGUAAUGUUACCAGAGUCAACUAUUAAAAUGUUUUUCUUACACCUGGAAAAAUAUUUUCCUGCUAUAUCAUUUCUACAAAUAUAAUCUUUAUAAUCAUCAUUUUUUCCUCUUUUAAAUCUAUGCAACAUUUUAUUUUUGUUUCUUUUCGGAAGAUAAUCAUUAUCUUAUAAAAUUAUAUGAAAAAUGUAAUUAAAAAUAUAUGUUGAUAACAUAGUAGGUGAAAAGUAAUUAGGAUUUUUUAAAAUUUUAAUUAUAAUUAUGUAGUCAGUAGAUUUAUUGGUAUUGCAUUUUUUCAAUGCAUUUUAACUUUUUCAUUGUUAUAUGUUUAAUUUACUAAAGGAAUGAAAAAAAUAUUUCAGCAUCAAACAUAAUUUUAAUGUUAAAAUAUGCUGUAUGAAUAUCUUAAUGUAAACAGCCAGUAAGAAAUUAGUUAAUUAUAAAUCUGGAAUUCAGUAUACCUAAAAUUCUAAUUUAAUUAUGCUUUUUUUUUUUAAAUCAUGGUUACAAAAUUCACAUCACAGAACAGUUUUUUGUCAGAUUUGGAAAAAGUGCAGUUGAAAUUUAAAAAUUGAUAUAUUAAUUAUUUCAAUCAGAUGAUUGCAUUACAAUUAAUUAAUGUAUGAAUUUAUAUUAAUUGAAUAACUGAACUAUCUUUGAAUAUGUAUCAUUGAAAAAAUGUAUUUUUCUUCUUAUAUCAAUAAAAUUGUGUUACGAAUGA